AUGUUGCACUCCAGCUUCGUCCUCCUGGCCGCGCUAGCCUCCUGCGCAACAGCAAACCCGUUGCCGGAGGCGAACAAGCUCGUUUCCCGACACUGGUCAAAACCGGGACACGGACACCACCAUGACGACUUGUUCAACCUGACCAUCUUCCACACUAACGACGUCCAUGCUCACCUGGACGAAUACAAGUUGAGCGGUGCUAGCUGCACUGAUCCGACUGUUGGCUGCGUCGGCGGUUAUGCGCGGAUCAAGGACAAGGUUGACGAGUUGAGGCCAGGCGUCAAGAACAGCCUGCUCUUGGAUGCCGGAGACGAGUUCCAGGGAACCUUGUUCUUCUCGGUCCUUGGAGCGUACCCCAUCUCGGAGACCAUAAACCAGCUGGGUUUCGACGCGUUCGUACCAGGCAACCAUGAGUUUGACCGUGGCGACGACUACCUUGCUGCUUUCCUGAAUAACCUAACAUUCCCUACCGUCUGCGCCAACAUCAAGACGAACAACACCGCCCUGCGGAAAGCGAUCAAGCCUUACCACAUCUUUGAGCACCUCGACGUCGCCGUCAUCGGACUCACCACCAAUACCACCACGACCAUCUCGAACCCGGACCCCGGCACGACCUUCACCGACCAUGUCCAGGCGAUGCAGCAUGCCAUCGACGAGAUCCACCGGACCACGAACAUCAAGCGCAUCAUCGCGAUGACCCACAUCGGCUACUCCUUUGACAAGAUCCUCGCGCAGCAGACGCGGGGCCUCUACAUGAUCGUCGGCGGACACUCGCACACCCUGCUCGGCAACAUCACUGGUGCCUUGGGCCCUUACCCGACCAUCGAGACCAAUCUCGACGGCGACGAGGUAUUCAUCACCCAAGCGUACCGCUGGGGCGAAUACCUCGGAUACAUCGACAUCAGCUUCGACCAUCAGGGCAAGGUCGUCGCCUACGAGGGCGCGCCGAUUCACAUGACGAACGCCACCGGCCAGGACGCAAAGCUCGAGGCGCAAAUCAAAACAUGGGCCGAGUCCUUCGCCGCGUACGAGUCGGAGGUCGUCGGCGUCUCGCUCGUCGAUCUCGACCAGUCGACGUGCCAAAAGAUGGAAUGCACGCAGGGCGACGUCCUCGCGGAUGCGAUAUUUGAGUACGCGCGGAACCAGUCGCUUGCCCCCGACCUCGCGCUCAUCAACGCCGGCACGAUCCGCUCCGGGAUCGAUGCGGGUGACGUGACGAUGGGCGAGAUCCUGACUAGCUACCCGUUCGGGAACGCGGUCACGACGCUACAGCUCACGGGAGACGUGCUCAACAAGGUGUUCGAGGGUAUCGCGAGCGCGACGAGUGUGUUUAACUCGGAGGAGGUCACGAGCUUUGUCCAGGUCUCCGUCAACGUCGAGUUCGUCUACGACCCUACUGCUGCUGUCGGAAGCCGGCUCGUUUCGCUCCAUGUCAACGGCACCGCGCUGGAUGCCGAUACGACGUAUACGGUCGUCACGUCCGACUACGUAGCGGGCGGAGGAGACAACUUCGUUGAGGAGCAGGCUGGCUUCGAGGUCCUCGACACCUUGGACGAAGUGUUUGCGGCCUACGUCGGAGCCCACACUCCGGUAAAUGUGACAUUGGAUGGACGUAUCUCGAACGGCACGACGCUGUCAAGUCGGGAAUGGAGGCAUUCCGCGCUGUUUAGAAAGCAGCUUUGACAGAAUCAUCGUAGAUCUUCUGGCUCUGUCAUGAGGGAAUACAA